AAGACGACGGCUGCGGCGCGCCGGGCGGAACUUUCCAGAACGCUCGGUGAGAGGCGGAGGAGCGGCGGCUGCCUGGGCUGCACACAGUUACGCGCUCCUUCCCACUCCCUCACAACGGCCCCAGCCCGCUCACCGGCUGUAGAAAAUGGUGAAAGAAACCACUUACUAUGAUGUUUUGGGGGUCAAACCCAAUGCCACCCAGGAAGAAUUAAAAAAGGCUUACAGAAAAUUGGCCUUGAAGUACCACCCUGAUAAGAAUCCAAAUGAAGGUGAAAAGUUUAAACAGAUUUCUCAAGCUUAUGAAGUUCUCUCUGAUGCCAAGAAAAGGGAAUUAUAUGACAAAGGAGGAGAACAGGCAAUUAAGGAGGGUGGAGCAGGUGGUGGUUUUGGCUCCCCCAUGGACAUCUUUGAUAUGUUUUUUGGAGGAGGAGGAAGGAUGCAGAGAGAAAGGAGAGGUAAAAACGUUGUGCACCAGCUCUCAGUAACAUUAGAAGACUUAUAUAAUGGUGCAACAAGAAAACUGGCUCUGCAAAAGAAUGUGAUUUGUGACAAAUGUGAAGGCCGGGGUGGUAAGAAAGGAGCAGUAGAGUGCUGUCCCAACUGCCGAGGUACUGGAAUGCAAAUAAGAAUUCAUCAGAUAGGACCUGGAAUGGUUCAGCAAAUUCAGUCUGUGUGCAUGGAGUGCCAGGGCCAUGGGGAGCGGAUCAGUCCUAAAGAUAGAUGUAAAAGCUGCAAUGGAAGGAAGAUAGUUCGAGAGAAGAAGAUUCUGGAAGUUCAUAUUGACAAAGGCAUGAAAGAUGGACAGAAGAUAACAUUCCAUGGUGAAGGAGACCAAGAGCCAGGACUGGAACCAGGAGAUAUUAUCAUUGUAUUAGAUCAGAAGGACCAUGCUGUUUUUACUCGGAAGGAAGUGGAAGAGACUGAUGAAAUGGAUCAGGUAGAACUGGUGGACUUUGAUCCAAAUCAGGAAAGACGGCGCCAUUAUAAUGGAGAAGCAUAUGAGGAUGAUGAACAUCAUCCCAGAGGUGGUGUUCAGUGUCAAACCUCUUAA